CCGGCUCCCGCCGCUUCCCGGCGGCAUGGCGGUGUUCCACGACGAGGUGGAGAUCGAGGACUUCGAGUACGACGAGGAGACCGAGACCUACAGCUACCCGUGCCCCUGCGGGGACCGGUUCCUCAUCACGCGGGAGGACCUGGAGAACGGGGAGGACGUGGCCACCUGCCCCAGCUGCUCCCUGAUCCUGCGCGUCAUUUACGACCAGGAGCAGUUCAUGCGGGAUGAAGUCGUGGCAGAACCUUUGGCAAACAAGGAAUUGGUCAAGUGCUGAUGAAUGCAUCGUGGACUGUGCUGCUUUGGGAUGAGAAAGCAUGGGGAUGGUGACUGCAGAAAGAGUUGUGGUUCUUCUUCUGGAAAUGCUUGCUGCUGUUGGAUACAAGUGUAAUAAUUGUCUGUGUUCUUAACAUGAAUGAGAGUUUGCUGGGACAUCAAACACAUGAAUGUGUUUUGUUCCAAAGGGUUAUACUUGAAAAAAAAAAAAAGUUGCUCUAUGUAUUCCAGAAGGUUUGAGGAUUAUGAUCCUGAUUUACCACAAGUCAAUACAAAGAAGAGUGUGGAGUUGAGAAAUUAGAACAUUUAGUCUAGCAGUGGCUUCUUAGCCUGUGGAGAAAAACAGGCUUUAUGAGGGUACACGCUAGUGUGAAAUGGCUCAGAGAGCUGAAAUGUUGGAAGGCGAGAUUUAGGAGUCCAUAGGACACAGUGCCAUACAGAGUUGAUACAGUGCAGCUUCUCCCAGGAUGUGGCAUUGUGUAGUUCCAGCCCAUACUGAAUAUGGGGAGAAAACAAGAGACCCAGAGCCAACAUUUACCCAGUGCUGGUAAAUUGUCUUUACUCCUGUAAGCACGGGGAAGGUGUGCAGUUGUCUGUGUGUCUGCAGUGGUGACAGCACUUGAGUUGGGGCAGAUUUUUUUAUUAAAUUGCUUCUAACGUUGCUUUGAAAGAACUUGGAUAGUUGUUAUCAAAUGACUCUGCCAUAAUAGUGAUACACUUCUGAGGGUGUUGUGUGAAAUAGAGUCAACCUGUUUUUAUCCUGGCUACUAACGUGCAGAUGGACUGGAACUUGAAGUGGGUUGUAUUUUACCCCUAUAUUAUCAACAACUUUGUGAUUUGACUGUUUCAGUAGAUAUUAAAUGGGCUGCAGUCCUUUGUGCCAUUUGUGUAGUAAAUUUCUCAGCCUUUCUUUAUUAGAUUCUGUCACUUCCUGGAUAGGAGAUGGAUGCACUUCACUUAAUUAAUAAAGGCAUUUUUUAGGGUAGAAAAGAGUCGUGAGAACAUACUCCACAUUGAUUCCAAGACUGCUUCUUAAAUUACAAGCCACUGCACUUGAAUAUUUACUUAAAAUUGUGGUCAUUCCUGUAUUUUAAUAGGAUUUGAUGUCUGUGAAGUUAAAUUUGGGGAAAAUUACCUGUGAAGAGUUUACAUAGCUGUUUUGCUACAAGGCACUAAAGAUAAGCAAGUAUUACUGGAUUCUUACAUUUAGUUAUUUUUGUUCUUACAGCAUUCUGUGAAUGUUGAAGAUGAGCAUUCUAGUUAUUUUAAGAAAAGGAGAGAAAAAAGCGCUACAUCUAAUUGAAAAUUUGUAAUGCAAUAAGCACAACCCAGAGUGGUUUCCAUGCCUAAACCAGGAGGUGGCACUCGUGUUCCUUUGACAUACGUGCUUAAAGAAAAUAAAUGUUGUGGUACUUUGGUUAGCUAUGCCUUAGCAAAUACUUAUUUUGACUAUUUAAAUAAAGAUGUUUAAGAUUCCA